UCGCAAACCACUAAAUCCUAAACCCUGCUUACCCUGCAGUGGUGAGAGGCUUAAGCCUGAAACUGAAUCAAAUAUUUUAACGAGAUGAAAUUUAGGGCUUCACAUGGAGUCCUUAUAUUCUCUCACUCUACACGCCUCAAUUCCCUCCAUAACCAGCGACGCUGCUUCGCUUCAUUUCUUAAAAAACUCCAUAAACCAACUCAAGCUCGCUCCUUUUCCAAUGGCGGAGGUGGUGGUUCUAAAGGUGAUUCUUUUCUCUUGCCUGGUGCAACGGUGGCUACAUUGCUUAUGCUUGGUGCUCUACAUGUUCGUCGGAUGUAUGAUGACAGGAAGGUUGAGGAGGCACGGGAGAAGGGAACGGAAUUUGAGUUUCAACCUGAUGUAAAAUCGACAUUUUUAAGAUUGCUGCCUUUGCGCUCCAUUUCCAGAUUUUGGGGUUUAUUGACUAGUGUAGAAAUCCCAGUCUCUCUACGUCCGUAUGUUUAUGGAGCGUGGGCUCAAGCAUUCCAUUCAAACUUGGAAGAAGCAGCUCUCCCUCUGGAUGAAUACACGUCUUUACGAGAGUUCUUUGUUCGCACCUUGAAAGAAGGUUCCAGGCCUAUUGACCCUGACCCACGAUGUCUGGUUAGUCCUGUGGAUGGUACUGUAUUACGAUUUGGGGAGCUUAGAGGAGCAGGGGCUAUGAUUGAGCAAGUCAAAGGUUUUUCUUAUUCAGUUUUUUCCCUGCUCGGUGCAAGCUCAUUUCUUCCUUUGAUAGCUAAAGGAGAUGUGCAUGAGGAGAGUAGUGAACCAGAAAAUGCUUCCAGGGAGAAGAGUAAGAAGUCAUGGCUGAGAGUUUCGUUGGCUUCUCCUAAAGUUUGGGACCCUGUAUCAGCAUGUCCUAUGAAAGGCCUCUUUUACUGUGUAAUUUACUUGAAGCCUGGAGACUAUCAUCGCAUACAUGCACCAGCUGAUUGGAAUGUUCUUGUCCGCCGUCAUUUUUCUGGUCGUCUACUUCCUGUAAAUGAACGUGCUACAAGAACUAUCAGAAACCUUUAUGUUGAGAACGAACGGGUUGUGCUUGAAGGUUUAUGGAAAGAAGGAUUUAUGGCACUUGCUGCUGUUGGAGCAACGAAUAUUGGUUCAAUUGAGCUUUCCAUUGAACCAGAACUUCGGACAAACCAGGCAAGAAAGAAGUUACUGCACUCAGAGCCUCCAGAAGAACGGAUAUAUGAACCUGAUGGUAUUGGUAGGACGCUCAAGAAAGGAGAUGAGGUAGCCGCAUUCAACAUGGGAUCAACUGUUGUGCUUGUCUUCCAGGCUCCCAUAUCACUAUCACAAGAAAAUGGGGAUUCCUCAUCAGAGUUCAGGUUUUCGGUCCAACGUGGGGAUAGAGUCCGUGUUGGGGAAGCCUUGGGGAGAUGGCAGGAUCAGUAGUAAGCCCCGGGUAGCUAGCCUAUAUAUGGUGUAUUCAAUCUUUUCAUGAUGAAACAAAAAAAGAGUAUGUUAGCCAUGUACCAAAUUGCUGAAAUUGAAGUAAUGUAUCAUUAAUCAGCGCAAUGCUGCCUUUUACAGGUUUACAGGUUCUAGUUAUGGGACUAUAUUGAAAGAAACUUGGAUGUUCAUAGAGCCCCUCCACAAUCUACCAAGCUAGCACUUUCUUGGAGAUUAGGAAGUGAAUAGUAGAUAAGAAUUUCCUAUGGCUAGGUGAUUGUUGAAUGAGAGUAAUUUGAUGUAUCGUCGUUUGCGUCGAAUGUUAGGAAAUUCUUACAGAUUUGUCCAUCUAAUUAUGUGAGGUGAUUUGAUACUAAUAUGGUCUGUUCAUUAAUCAUCUCAUAACUGGGUGAAAUCCCUUAUUUUUAAAUCAAGUUUAUAAUUCGAACAUAUAAUAAAACUUUUGGG